UAUGGACCCAAGCACAGGGCCAGUGGCAGGUCGACUUCGUCUGCUUUUAAGGCGCCUGCAAUGGGCUGGUCCUGUCUUAUUUUCCGGCAUACCCUCGCGGCAGCACUGUGCCCUUCCUUUUCUUUUCCUAUUUCCCCUGAUUUCUGCAACCCGUUGCUCUCUUCGACGCACCAAGUGCAUGCGUCGGAGCGGCAAAAGAGAGUGAGAAGCAGCGCGGUGAAUCAAGAGAGUGGAGAUUGGCCCUUGCACUGGACUGCCCCCGACUUGGUACAUUCGAUACAUACCUUACCUAAGGUACAUCCAAUACCUACACUACCUUACUCUUUGCCGCUGUGUUUCGGCGCUGCCUCUUUUCACGCGCCUAGGCUCUUUUGCCGCACGACAAGCGCCGGCCGAAUUCCAAGGGUCCCUGAGAAGGGAGGUUGGUAGACUUUAGGUGUUCGUUGCCGCCCCCAUAGAGGCCUGCCCACACCGCACCCCCCUCUCUCCUGCGUCAACGGCGGCAUCUGGAUCUCCCCCCCGGUACGAUCGUGCGGCGACCCAAUACCUUACCCUCCUCACCCUCGUCUUGAACCCGCCUCUUCCUUCCGCUUUCCCCCGCUACACUGUGCCCCGGGACUGCACCUUCUUCCUGGGACUUCGGCCUUCACCUCAGGGCAAACUGCACCGUCCACUGUACGGACAUCGAGUCGCGACAAGCGGAACGACUACCU